CGUCAACACAGACCAACAGUUCAGUAGUUCAGCCAAUAGCUAGCGCACCAGGAUCGCAAGGAUUAGCAAAAUGUACAAGUUGGUGGUGUUCUUCGCUCUGCUCGCCGUAGUGGCUGCCCGUCCGGGUUACCUGGAGGCUGGUCCGCUGCUCCACAGCUAUGCCGCCCCUGCCAUCAUCCACGAACCGGCUCUGGCCAAGGUGGGCGCCAUCAUCAAGACUGUUCCCAGUGCCGUCUCCCACCAGAGCAUCAGCCAGGUGCACAGCUCGGCCCACAUCAUCCAGCCGAUUGUGGCUCCUGUGGUGAAGACCUAUGCCGCUCCCAUCAUCAAGACCUAUGCGGCUCCUGCCCUCCACACGACCCUGCUCUCGUCUCCGUGGGCCGGACAUGGUUGGGCUGGCCAUGGCUGGGCUCCCUCCUGGUAA